UAGUAAAUAAAAACAAAAACUCGCCAUAUUGUAUAGUGUUGGUGCGUUUGAUUUUUUCAACACUGUUGGACUUUGCUCUGUGAGGAUUAUAUAUCGUUGUAACUUAAAAAAUAAACUUCAUAAUUUGUUUUAGAAACAGUAUGAUUUUGCUCCUUGUAAUUCCAUAAACGUUAAAAAAGAAAAAUGCCUCCUAAGCAGCGUAAAAUUGCCAUUAUGGGCUAUCGUUCUGUUGGUAAAUCAUCUCUGACCAUCCAGUAUGUAGAAGCCCGAUUUGUUGAUUCUUACGAACCUACUAUUGAAAAUACAUUUACAAAAACAACUAAAGUUAAUGGCCAAGAAUAUUUUAUAAAAUUAGUGGACACUGCUGGACAAGAUGAAUUUUCUAUUUUUCCACAAUCAUAUUCAAUGGAUAUUCAUGGCUAUGUACUUGUUUAUUCCAUAACUUCAGAAAGAAGCUUUGAAAUAGUUAAAUCUAUACAUCAUCGACUCUUAGAUAUGACUGGAAAAGUUCAAGUUCCUAUUGUAUUAGUUGGAAAUAAAGUAGAUUUACAUAUGGAGAGAGCGGUGUCAUAUGAAGAUGGGAAAAGAGCUGCAGCAAGUAUGAAUGCUGAAUUCAUAGAAGCAUCUGCUAAGCAUAAUGAAAGUGUUGCGGACAUUUUCAAAAGAAUAAUCUUGGAAAUUGAAAAGGCCAAUGGGAAUGUUCAAGAGAAAUCUAACUGUGUGGUUUCAUGAUGGUGCAUCUCCUUAAUAUUUUUCAUUUUUUCAUCACUGAAAUAUGUAUCUUAUGAAGGGUUAUUUUCUUCUUGUAUGCUUCUUGGACUUUUCCAUUCUUGUUUUCAAGUUAAUCAAUGUUGUAUGAUAUUUGUAUGCUGAAUUUAUAAGAUAAGAAUCUUAAUUAUUUUUUGUUUAAAAGAUAGAUAAUGUUAUUAUAUUUUUGUUACAUUUUAAAUAGCAUUCUUGCAUAGAUGUAAUUAUUUUUUACUUCUUGUUUGCUUGUGAAUUAGUAAUGUAUUAAAUUGUGUUUGCUCUGAAGAGAAAAGCUUCUUAAUUUGGUGUAAUCAUUGUAAUUACUCUGCAUAUCAAGGAUAAAAUUGCAUUAAAAUAUCAAGUAUGCCUAUAAAAUAAUUGCUAAAUUCAAAAAUAAGGAGCUAACAUUGCAAUUUUUGUAAAUAUUUGUUUCAAUGUUGCAGCAAUGAAAGAUUAUCUGUUUAGUGUAAGCUAGUUGCCAGUUUUUUUUUUUUUUUCUUUCCCUAUUUCAUUUUAUAUAUAUACAUAUUUUCUUUUAAAGAAUUUUGGUGUUAAAAUUAGAUUUUCAUCAAUUAAAAGAAAUAAAAUUUCAUUUUGAAUAAUUUCUUUUAAUAUUUGCCAUUACUACAGUCAAUCUGUAUAUAUUUUACUUUGUAAAAAUCAGAUCACAAAUUGCAGUUUAUAAUAGAUUUGAAAAUAAUUGAUUUUAAGUAUUGGAAACCCAAUCUACCUCAGUAUUUUUUCAUUAAUUAAAAUUAUUAUGUUGAUAUUACUUGUAAAGAAUUAUUAUGAAAGGAAGAAUUUUGAUUUCCACCAUAUAAGAAUUUUUUCUCAUCAUUGCAUUAAAAUUAUCAAUUAUGUACCAGUUUAUAGUUAAGAAUAAAUUGGUACAUGAUUGAUGACUUGUAUCAUUAAUAUAUCUGUCAAUUUUAAAAUACAUAAUCUGAUUAUCUAUUGUAACAACGAUAAUAAUAAUAAAAAAUGCUUGUUCUAUAAAUUUUCCACUUUGCAUAAUCAUUAUUUACUCUUAUUUAAGUGUUGAGUGAAAAAUAUCUAUAUUAUUCAUGUUUAAAAUUGUUUUCUUUUAUAUUUAAAUGCAGAUUUAUUUAACAAAUUUUAAAUUUAUCGAAUAAAGCUAGUAGCUUAAAAUUAAUUGAAAUUUUAUGUAAAAAAGAAUAAAGAAAAUUGAAUUUUAUCAGCUCAAAAGAAUGAGCCAGGUAUUAUUAUUCCUUAUUUUAAAAAUUUUGUGAAAAAAGAAAGUAAUUUUAAUUUAGUAAUUGGAAAAGACAUUUUUUAAAGCAUAUUUGAAAUCAUUGCUGCAGAAUGGAAGAUAAAUCAAUAUUAAUUUUUUUUUUCAACGAAAAUGAAACUGAGAAAAUUCACUGUGAGAAAAUAAUAUUUGUUGUAUUGAUUUGCCCCUCCACUUUUCAAGGAUAAUCUUAUUCCAAUUAUUGAAUUUAUGCAUUAUUUUAGAAAACUGAUUUUUUGUGUGUGAGAGAUUAUCUUGUAAAAAUAACCUCAUUGUGAAAUAUUUAACUUCUUUUUGUGUUACUUUUUACUUUUGUAAUAAUUUCCCAUCUUACAUAUAUAUAUAGAGAGAGAUAGGUAGAUGUUAAUAUACUUUAUAAUAUUUAAAGCCUACUUUGAUCUAUAGUAUCUAUUUCAUAACUUUUUAUCUUUAAAUUUGAUGUCUAGUAUUACAUCAAAUAUCAUCAUUAUAUUAAUUUUUACAGUAGUAGUGAAAUACUCCUUUGUACUUGGAUAAUUGAAUGAAGCUUGUAAAUGAAAAUAUGUUGUCGUGUUCAAAGAUUUAAGUUGUUUUGAAUUUUGUGGUUCAUUUAUUUGUGCAGAAUUAAAGUGUUUUAACUUCUCA